CCUGUAUUUUUAGAUGAGCCAGCCACUUCAUUUGCUGGAAGGACGGACAGUUGUGUGUCGUAUAUGAUCUCACUUCAUCGUUUUUGAUACAUGUUGUCUAUUCCUAACACUGGGGAUAUCUGCCGAGGGCCGAAAAACAGCUUGUUCUUUUUUUUCCCUCCUUCCAACCCCUGGAUGCGGUCGCGAGAGGAUGCAACUACCUUGACCGUGGGACGCGCAACAUCCCGAAUGGAUGCUUGAUGAAGGCUACGAUGAUUCGCAAUGCUGCACAGGCACCGUUGAUUAGGCUCAGCACACUUUCACAGCAAAUCCAGUUAACCCCUCCAAAAAAGCAACGGUUAUUUCGCCGCUGAAGGUGUUUGUUUCUUUUUUGCGUCAUUCAUUCUCUUUGGAUUGUGGAUCCAUAUUAAGGCUUCAAGACGGACGGGGUGGUGGAACAUCGCGGUAAAAACAGGGGCAAUAUGAGAGAGCGGGACUUCAUGCCCAAUAUGGAGAGGGGCAAACCCGCUACUUACACGGGGGACAAAAAGGCUAAGAUGGCUGCUAAGACCAAUAAGAAAUGGGUGAGACUAGCCACUGUGUUUGCAUAUGUGUUGUCUGUGUCCUUAGCAGCCAUAAUUCUAGCUAUUUAUUACAGCUUGAUAUGGAAGCCCACCAGCUCGUCCUCCUCUGGGGGUAAGCCUGGGAUAUCGGGGGUCACCACCACCUUCCCCACCACCUCCAACGCAAACAUCUCCUCUAAUAUCUCCACGAGCAAAAACGUCACAGAGGUGAACUCUACACAGACAGAGCUUUUAUAUCUCAAUGACACACAGCAGCGGUCGCUGUCUCAGAGCCACACGUUUCAGUGGGACAGCAGAGGGGAGGGCGCAACGGGUGGCUCACCGGACGCCGGUCGAGCGGAAAGCCCGCACUCGGCUCAGGACGUGGACGGUCUCUACACGACCCCCCGAGCUGCUGCUGCUGCUGCUGCUGCUGCUGCGGCGGACAAAUCAGACUCGUCUCUGGGCAGAGAAAGACAUAAAUCACAGCCUCUGUACAGCUCGCCGACGGACGCCAUGUUCGACGAGGGGGACGAGAGGGAUGGUGAUGGUGCGAAUAGCAAACGUAAUGCUGAGCAGGGGACCGAGAAUGCUGCAGCUGCUCGCACCGUUUCUCCGGUCAAGGCCGCCUCCACGACCAAGCGUCCUGUCCUGCGUGGAGGAGAGUGAUGAGGCCUCCACGACUACCCACACACACACACACACACACACACACACACACACACACACAUAGACAGACACACAAACGAACACACACACACACACACACACACACACACACACACACACACACACACACACACACACACACACACACACACACACACUAGGGUCCAACAAGAAGUGUUUCACAGACUCAAUGCCGCAGGUCGGUCACUGGUUGUGUUUUUCAUUUGUUUUUGUUUAUUCUUUUUUCAAACUCUUUUUUGUUGAGCGCCAUUAAUGCUGAAUUGCACAGGCUUCAUGCAAGAGUUGCAGACGUUUUAUUCUGUGAACCCCCCCCCCCCCCCCCCCCCAGCACCAAACGGAUAAGACUUGAAGCAGGACUUUCUCAAAGGAAUAAUAGUUCAUACUCCCCUUCCUAUCACCUUGCGUUCUCCGUUGGGCCAGUAUGCCUUAAAUCUAUAACAUGUGACCAACCUACUGCAGCUUUGGAUUAUAUCGCCCGUCUAUACUGUAUGACCAACACUACUGCUAGACACGUUUUGGUCCGGUAGAAUGUAGGAUUCAAGAUUGUUUUAACUGCAAUCUUUGCAACGCUAAUCAAUGUUCCCAUUUAUUGAAUGGUCUCAAUCAAUAUUCAAUAGGCUUAAUUGUAUUUAAUGGGAAGAUAUGAAUAAUAUUGGGACACGGGACAACCUGCAUAAUUAAGUAACACUCAGGUAUGUGCAUAUGACCAUAGAAAUGUGUUGUGUUAUUGUACAAAAGGCAGGUGUCCCACCUUUUUUGGGCGGAUGAAAUUUUAGUGUAAUUAGAAUCUUUCUAUUAAUUCAGCAGUAUGUACGCAAGUAUAGGUAUGUCCAUAAACCAAGGUACAAAUAAACAUCAAUUAUAAAGUGA